AUGGAUGAUGCCGACCCCACAAAGCUCGUGUCACUAGGGGGCAACAUGGGCGAGGAAGAAGCUGAAAGCAUCCUGGAGGUGCUCAAGAAGAAUAUUGGUAUCUUCGCUUGGAGCCCUGUCGAAGUGGGAGGUGUUUCGACAGAUCUCAUUAUGCAUCACCUGGCAGUCAAGCCGGAGGCCAAGCCAAGAAAACAGAAGUUGCGCAAGAUGUCCGCUGAUCGCCAAGAGGCGGCGAAAGCCGAGGUCCAAAAACUACUCAGGGCUAGGGUCAUUCAAGAAAUCGAUCACCCGGAGUGGCUGGCAAAUCCAGUGCUGGUGCGAAAGUCAAACGGCAAAUGGCGCAUAUGUGUCGAUUUCACAGACCUGAACAAAAUCCACAUGAACCCGCCCGACAUCCCCAAGACAGCCUUCAUUACUCCAUUCGGCACAUUUUGUCACCUCAGGAUGGCUUUCGGCCUGAGGAAUGCUGGAGCAACCUUCGCCAGGCUGGUGUACAAGGUCCUUUGCAAGCUGUUGGACUUCCUUGUUUCUGAAAGAGGCAUUGAGGCGAAUCCUGAGAAAAUCAACGCUAUUCAGCAAAUGAAGCACCCGUCGAGCGUACAUGAGACCCUCCGGGGCGCGGGAAAGUUCAAUUGGAUGCCAGAAUGCCAAGCAGCGUUCGACGAGCUAAAGCAAUACCUCAAAGCCUACCAGCUCUGA